CUCUCUCUACGAAACAACGGCGCAAUCGUACUCUCUCUCUCCACUCCCAUUUUUCCAGUUGUCUCUCUCUCAUAAGCCUUUUUUUUUUUUCUCUUCAUAAUUUUCUGUUGAAAUUUGAUUUUUUUUAUAUAGAAAGACUGAGAAUUUUGAUCGAAAGUAUUAUCAUUUCCGUUUUAUUCUCUUUCUCUCGUUGUUUUUUGGUUCAUUUCGUUCUAACUCGGGCGGAGCUCAGUUACAAUUCACUCACUACUCACAGUCGGCUUUCUGUGCUAACUCGCCGGUUUACGCGGCGCAAGGUAGCCGGUUUUUGUAUAUCUAUAUUUUUUGGGGGGAAAAGCUGUUUUUUUUUUGUUAUGGGUGGUGGGUGUUGGGAGUUGUCUGUAAAAGAUUAUUAAAAAAAUCAUUUUUUUUUUGUUGUUGGGGUUUUUUUUGAAAUUAUAAUUAAUAUUUUUACGGGGAUUUGGUUCUGGGUUUUCUCUGUUUGUUCCAAUGGAAGAUGUGGGCGAGGAGUUUAGGGGGACUGUACCUCUCUCUUAAAUGGUAUGUGUUGAAUUUUUUGGACUAAUGGCUGCUCAAGCAAGAAGAAGAAGAAGGUGGUCUUCGAGUUAAACUCUCUCUCUACUGCAUGUGGGAAAAGGGUAAGAUCUGAAGGGCCGGCUUUGAUUGGAAUCUGGGAUAUUUUUUUUUAAUAAAAUAUUUUGGCUGUGUUUGCUUCUUCAGGAAAUGAGCUUUGAAGAGUGUUGUUAUACUGUUACAAUUCGAUCAAAGUUAGCUAGAAAAUUUUUCUUCUGAACGAUUCAAUCAGAUAACUUGUGGGUGUAAAUGGAUUGAAGUAGUGUAAUUAGAUGCAAUGUUAAUAAGAACAUUAGCAUCUGGGCUGUUCAUUUCGUCCCUUCUCAUCUCGGCUUCGGCUUCCGGAGCUGAUAAUGAGUAUCCCAGAUGUAAUUGUGAUGAUGAGGGAAGCUUAUGGAGCAUUGAGAGCAUUUUAGAAUGCCAGAGAGUCAGCGAUUUCUUAAUUGCGGUUGCUUAUUUUUCGAUCCCCAUUGAGCUACUUUACUUUGUUAGCUGCUCCAAUGUUCCAUUCAAAUGGGUUCUCUUUCAAUUCAUUUCCUUUAUUGUGCUUUGUGGGAUGACACAUUUGCUUAAUGGGUGGACUUAUGGCCCUCACCCUUUUCAGCUCAUGCUGGCUCUCACUGUCUUCAAGAUUCUCACGGCUCUGGUUUCGUGUGCUACUGCCAUAACUCUCAUCACUCUCAUCCCGUUGCUUCUGAAAGUUAAGGUGAGAGAGUUCAUGUUAAAGAAGAAGACUUGGGACCUUGGUCGAGAGGUUGGGAUGAUAAUGAAGCAGAAAGAAGCUGGUUUACAUGUGAGAAUGCUUACUCAUGAGAUUCGAAAGUCGCUUGAUAGGCAUACCAUUUUGUACACUACUCUUUUCGAGCUAUCUGAGACGCUGGGCUUGCAGUACUGUUCGGUUUGGAUGCCUAAUGAGAAUAAGACUGAAAUGGUUCUGACUCAUGAAUUGAAAGGGAGAAAUUAUUCUAAUUUGUAUAAUGUUUCAAUACCCAUUGGUGAACCUGAUGUUGUGAGGAUUAAAGGAAGUGAAGUUGUGAAUAUUCUCAGUCCGGACUCAGCUCUUGUUGCUGCGAGGAGUGGAGAGACUGGUGAGCCAGGGCCAGUGGCUGCAAUCAGGAUGCCAAUGCUUCGAGUUUGCAACUUCAAAGGUGGAACUCCUGAACAUAUUCAGGCUUGCUAUGCGAUUUUGCUUUUGGUUCUUCCUGGUGGACAGCCUAGAUCUUGGAGCAGCCAGGAACUUGAGAUAGUAAAGGUGGUUGCUGAUCAGGUGGCUGUGGCACUUUCCCAUGCUGCAGUUCUUGAGGAGUCUCAGCUCAUGAGGGAGAAAUUGGCUGAGCAGAAUCGAGCCUUGCAACAGGCAAAAAGGAAUGCUAUGUUGGCAAGCCAGGCAAGAAAUUCGUUCCAAAAAGUGAUGAGUAAUGGGAUGAGAAGGCCAAUGCAUUCAGUUUUAGGUUUGCUCUCAAUGCUGCAGGAUGAGAGUCUGAGCAAUGAGCAGCGAGUUAUUGUUGAUGCCAUGGUGAGAACAAGCAAUGUCCUAUCGACCUUGAUAAACGAUGUGAUGGAUAGUUCUACGAAAGAUAGUGGAAGAUUUUUAUUGGAAACGAGGUCCUUUGGUUUACAUGCCUUGAUAAAAGAAACAGCUUGCCUUGCUAAAUGCUUAUGUUUGUACAGGGGCUUUGGUUUUGCUGUUGAUGUCGAGAAGUCUUUGCCUGAUCACAUCAUGGGCGAUGAGAAAAGGGUUUUUCAGGUGCUUUUGCAUAUGAUUGGAAGCCUUUUAAAUGGGAACAAGGAAGGAGGGUUGGUCAUACUCCGAGUUUUCCCAGAGAGUGGAAGUCAGGGAAGGAGUGACCAAAAAUGGGCAGCCUGGAGGCAUAGUGAUGGGGAUGUACAUAUCAGAUUUGAGAUUAGGAUCAGUGAUAGUGGUUUUCCAUUCGAGGGUUCAGUUUCAACAGUACCACCCAUCGAUAGGAGAUACAUCAAUGAUGGAAUUGAGGGGCGUUUGAGCUUCAGUGUCUGCAAAAAACUAGUGCAGAUGAUGCAAGGGAACAUAUGGGCAGCCCCAAGCUCUCAGGGAUUUACUCAGAGCAUGGCACUGGUUCUUAGGUUUCAAAUGAGACCAUCCAUUGCAGUAGCAAUCUCUGAACCAGGAGAAUCAUCAGAACACCCACUUUCCAACUCUCUUUUCAGUGGGCUGCAAGUUGUGGUAGCCGACGACGAUGAUGUAAACAGAGUUGUGACCAGGAAGCUGCUGGAAAAGCUAGGCUGUACUGUAACUGCUCUUGCUUCUGGGUUUGAAUGCCUGAGCGCUAUUAGCCGAGCUGGAUCUCCUGUCCAAAUCAUAGUGCUCGAUCUCCACAUGCCCGAGUUGGAUGGUUAUGAAGUUGCAAGUAGAAUUCGCAAGUUUCGUAGCCGUAGUUGGCCAUUGAUCAUUGCCUUAGCCACAAGCGAUGACGAUGCUGUGUGGGAAAGAUGUAUUCAGAUCGGUAUCAACGGUGUCAUCCAAAAACCAGUUGUGUUGCAAGGUAUCGCGAACGAGCUAAGGAGAGUUCUGUUGCAGGCAAACAAAAUUGUGUGAAGCAGCAGCAGCAAAGAGUUCUUUGGUAUUCUUUUUGAGGGCUCUUUCAAAGUCCCUCAAUGAGAUAAUGCACAAAACAUUCAACAGAAUGGUAUACAAGCUAGCUCCCUUUCAUUAUUAUUAUUAAAAGAAAAUUAAUGUGUUUGAGCAUGUUGUUAUAAUUACAUAGAAUAGCUUCAGGUUUUAUAACAGUAAUCAAAGUUGUCAUAGAAGGACACCCUUUCUAAUUAAAGAGGAAAAAAGGAAAGAUGGUUGAAAAGAAAACCUUGUGGAAUUGGUGUAAAAAAUGCGAGUUUUUUUUUUGAUGCAAAAUGUAGACCAACUAAGUACUUAGAGUAAUAGAAAAGCAUUUAUUGUAUAAAAUCACAAAUCAUGGAAAAUUUACAUCACAGAUUCUUACUCCA